AUAUGCAAAUGAAUCCAUGACAUCAUCUGGCGACUUCCUGAGCGUCCCUUAGCUACUUUCCCCUGAAACGAUUUGGCAACACUGAACUGAAACCUUCACUUGCAGAUGCAUUAGCCAUGCUGUAGUGUAUUUACAGUCCUCAAAUCUGAACAUUUAUCUUGUGUAAAUAAGACAAAAUAAAAUAAUUCAUGAGAAGAGAGAGAGAAAGUACAAACAAUAAACAUGUUAAAGGUGUUCAGCAGCUAUAAACGGUAUAUAAACAGUGUAUAAACAGUGUACAGUGUGGACUCUUCCUACAUGUCCCAUAAUGCUCCAUAAUGGCCUCAUCACUGACAAUAAUGCUUGAAUAUUAGCACAGCUUUGACAAAGCUAGCUUAGCUUUACUAUGGACACAGCACUUGGCCAUUGUGUCGCGCAAAGUCAGCACACUAUUAUAAAGGUUUUUACAGUUAAAGUCAUCAGUUAAUUGGUGUCGGAAUGGGGUUUAGCUUGUUGCAUAAUUCCGCGUAUUAACCCAACGUCUCUUUGUGGCUGAUAUGGAACAGCCUUCUGACACCUCAGAUGGUUUACAGCCUCAGGAACUCUCCUCCGCCUGCAACCUUCCUCGCGUUUUUGACCUGUCGAAGAACAGCGAAGAAUGUCUGUUGAAAACCAACUCGAUAGAGGCCUUGCAUGUUGUCCAGCCGCCAGGCUGGUAUCUGACUUCUGGGACCAGCAAUGGUUCAGUGCUUCCAGAAGACGAGACUGAUCCUUCACUGCAGCCCAGUGAGCAGAUCCAACCAGACAAUGCGCUUUCCAACACAACGGUUACGCUCUCAUAUGUAACCAGGUCCCACGUCUUUUCUGCCCAUGACUCACUCUCACAGCAUUCGCAGAUUUACAGUGUUCCAAUAAGCAAGGCAUUUUCUCUACACCCCACUACGUACGAUGCCAGCCAGCUGGUCACCGAUGCAGGUGGAACGCCGCUCUGUGUGGAAAUGGACCAACACUGCCUGCAGCAGGUGUCUGUGCCUGUUGGCUUAGCCGCCUGCGCCAGUCCGUUUGAUUUUGUCACGCCAGCGCAGGUUGUGGAGAAUGUUGCAAGUCUCUGUUAUCUUCAGCAGGCACACAACAUUAGUGGUAUACAAGAUGUUGAGAGCCUUGCUCUGGAGACGCUCAGAUCUUUACAACAGAACAACCCGGCUGAAUGCAAGAUUCCUCUCAACCUGGACGAAAUUCAGAACGGCGCCGUCGGCAGCUUGUGGAACACGGGAUCUCUUGACGGGAGCUUUCCAGCUGGCCAUGUUGAGAACAUAGUGGAUCAGCACAAGAACGGCAACCCAGAAGUACUUUUCCUGAUCUCCAGAACUGAUGAACCAGUUAUUUUACCGAAUGAUCAGGAGCCGGCAGGUCUUGCUGUUUCACUAAAUCAAGAGUUUAUAAGUGCACUGGAUGAUUCUGUGUCACCCCCCUUUGCCUCACUGAUUGGAGUAAAGGAUGUUUCCAUUCUGCCCCAGACUGCAGGAUCCCAAAUUGAAGAGAACUCUCUUGCUGAAGAAACUAACACUAGGCAAGAUGAAUUAAGUAAUGUGGAAUCUGAUCUUCUCACGAGUGUGGAAGAGAGAGAUUCAUCAUCUGCCACUGAUGCAUUAAGUACAACCAUUAGCAGUGAACUAACAGAAAAUGCUGUUGACACAUCCAGGUCAGAACAGUCAGAAGAGAGCAGGGCAUUAUCGGAGGUACAGAAAGAGGAGACACAUGUGCAUAAUGUGACACAUAAGAAAACGCCUUUGCCUAGAAGUUUGUUUGCCAAAAAGGAAACACUAGUAAGAAAAGAACUUCCCCCAAGAUCUAGAAGAGGGAUGAGGUUAGAGGCCAUUGUUCAGAAUAUCUUCCCUUCCAGGUACAAAUCUAGUCAUGUCUCUUCUGCAAAAAAAAGUCGGCGUUCUGACGCCCAGCCGGAUGAGACCACUCAUCUGGGAUCUAGCCAAGAUGUGUCAUUUGGCAACAACGACAACAACGUUUUAGAGGAGGAAUGUCCUCCGAAGGUUGGGACUGAAACUAAUGAAAAGACAGCUCAAUUACAGGAAGAGUCAGAAGAAACAGAUGUCGCUGAUUCAAGCAAAAUAUCUACCUCAUGUUCUGAAACUGUUUCAAAACAUUCACUAGCUAACCCAUCCCCUGGGAUGUCACACAAACCCAUUGCAUAUGUCAAGAAAUCAAAGAAACGACAGAAUUUUUCAAACCAUUCCCCAGUAAGGGUAGGAAAAAGGACUGCACUGCCUACAUCCAAACGUACAAAAAGCCCUUUAAAGCAACGGACUUUAACUAAGAGCAACAAAAGUUCAGCAAGAGCGAAAAAAGUUCAUACCCCUAAAAAGAAAAGGAAAACGCAUAAAGUGGGGCAGUCUUCCAUGUUCUCCCCCCAGGAGCCGGAAAUAAAGCUUAAAUACGUCAGCUAUAAAGAAGAGAAAAGGGAAAAGAGAGAUGAAACCUUCUCACCUUUCGUUCAUGUAGAACUGAAAGCAUAUCCUACCUGUACGGUAAUCAACUACCCUGACGAGAGUCCCAGGCUGAGUCGAGGGAAGCAGCCUACACCAGUUGUGUCAGGGAAAAUACCCACUACACCAUGUCUGCAGUAUGGCCGCGUCUCCAUGGAGGGCACACGCUGGGACGCUCUUGUGUGCUGCCUUUGCGGAGGCUCUGCUAACGCUAUGGACCUGGGUGAUUUGCAUGGACCGUACUAUCCUGAGGGUUUCAGGCCUGAAGCAAGGCUGCCUACUAAUCCUCAGGAGCCGAGAGAGGAUGACUCCAGCGAAUCGGAUUCAUCAAGCAGUCAGACUCGAAAGCCACAUCACAAGCUGCAGGCAGCUGCUCUAGGGGCCUAUCAAACAUGGAGCAGUGAUGGUGAGCUUUCCUGCAGCCCUGCAGCUAAGAGAUCCAGAAUGGACACUAUGACAGACUGGUAUACCCCACCCAUAGUGCCCUUAGAAGCCAGCGAGUACUGGCUGCACGAGGACUGUGGCAUAUGGUCGGCUGGGGUCUUUCUCGUGAGAGGGAAGCUUUACGGGCUAGAGAGAGCUGUUAAGAUGGCAAAGGAGACGAUUUGCUCCUCUUGCCAUAAAUUCGGAGCCACAUUGGGCUGCUUUUUCAAAGGCUGCCCUAACAAGUAUCACUACAUAUGUGCAAUGCAGUCAGAUUGUGUCUUAUAUGAGGAAAACUUCUCAAUGAAAUGCAGAAAGCACAAGAACAAAUCCAUCAAGGGUGUAUCAUCUAACAAACAGAACAGCAGGUGACAGGGGAAGAAGAUGCUGCACAAGAACCAGAAUGUUGUCUGCGGGUUCAGCCACUAGUCUGCCAUGCUCAGAGACCAGGGGCAACUGACAGAAAAGCCUCUCUGGGACUCAGACACCACAUACCUUAAUGCUUUCUCCUGCCGUUUCACUGUCACUAACUUCUCUUCCAAACGUCAGCCGCACCGACUGAUUUCAGACACGUCAACACAGCUUUUGCAUGCUUGCGGCUGUUUACAGAUGAAGCCUAGUGUCUGAAAAGAUCCUCAGUGAAGUAUCCUUAAAGACAGUGGGAUGUAAUCUAGAACUAGACUCUCUCUCACUCUCUCUCUCUCUCUCUCUCUCUCACUCUCUCUCUGGGAGGAUUUGCUCUGAAAGUAAUAAAGAGCAUAAACCAUUGGAAUAAAUUGCACAUUUAUAGGGCUCAACGCAUAAGCCGUAUCUGCUAAAUCUAACCAUAGCACAAAGCCAAUCUACUAACGGUAUAAUGAAUUCAUGGACUUUGUAGUGUAAUCAUCCUGAAUUUAUUUAUUACAUUUGGGUUAAAUUCAAUUGUAAGCCUUUAGUGUUUUUUGAGCUGCAAGUGUACAUGUUAAUUUAAAAAAAAAAAAAAAAGACUUGGCUCCUCAGUGGAAUUUUUUAUAGACUUUGUGAAAUGUCUAAUCUAUUGCAGCAAAUUCAAAUCAGCAGAUCAGUCAUCAACGUGAAAAACAUCAGCAGUCGGCUGUCCUGUGUCAUUCUCAUUCAUCUGCACCCAUUUUCAUUCUUAAUUUUUUUUUUAACAUAUGUGAGUAAUUCUCACAGCCUUUCCUGUAUAUUUCUGAAUUCAUUUGUGUAUGCUGUUUCUUCCAGAAGUCUGAAAUGAGGGAACUUUUCAUCAUGUAGAUGUUAAAGCCUGUAUCCCUCACUGAGGCAACAGUAUUGUCCUGAAUUCUUCAAGCCCCAAAUUAUCUGAUCCCAGCACUCCUUGAAAAUAAAGACGUAAUGAAAUAGUACCAGCAAUAAUGCUAUUCGUCAUUUUGGUACUAUGCAACUAUCAUCAUUAGUAUAUUCAACUAAUAACCAGUGAGCUGUGUACUGUUAAAUGGUACAUAUCAGAAAUCUUAACCUUGGAUGUAUGUUAAUGUAAUUGCCAGUUAUUUUACCAUAAUAUUUAAGUAACUUGAUUAAAAUGUCAUAAAUUAAAGGAGCAUUUUUCUUUGCUCAGAAGGCCUGCCAUUAUUAAUGUACUGCUUUGAUAAAAUUGAUACAUGUGGAACAAUGCCAGUUCAUUCAACAUUAUGUGUAGCGAUGUUCCCAUUCAAAACUCAAUCAUGUACUGUAAAUCUGCUUCAGUGACACUGUAACUAUCAGAUCUGAACUUUCUUCCUUUCUUCACAUUGCUGAAUUGCUACGACAAAUCAACACAAAAGCGUUUUUCUCGAGAUCAGACUUGUCUUCGGAGUGAUUUGUGAAAAUCAAGGGGAUGGAAUUAAUGUUGAAACUGUUUGUACUUGUACAGGAACGUGUUUAUCAACCACAUCUUUUUGACCACAGACGAGAAAUCCUGCAGUGUUGAUCAUGACCACCUGACUCGAUCCGUGUUGUGUGCCAUACUUCUCUUAGUUAUGUGCUGUUUGUAUUUCUGUAAUUGUUGCUGUAAUGUAAUUUGAUUUAGGACAUUCUGUCCAACACAAAAAAGGUGUUGAGCUUUAUAUUACCACACAACCAUGCCGAAAAUUACCAAAAAUGUGCUCAUUUGUUGUGUUGAUUUCUUUUCUCAUUGGUUUCUUGUAUCAUGUAUUUUAAGAUCCUAUUCUCAGGGUUGAGCCUUACAUUGUUUGUCAUGUUUUUACUCCCAAAUUUAUUUAUCCAGGACUGACUACUAGAACACUCAGUCAGCGCUAAAUAAUAAAUUGGCUUCUUUUAUUUUCUCUAACACACUGCUGCACUCCUGUCUUAUGUCUGCUCUGGCACCUUGAUUUACGAUGCUUUUUUAUUUUCAGUUUAGUGCAGAGAUGUGAUUUAUUUCACACAGACAUGUUGCAGUCAUAAAUUUUUGGGUGUCUGUCAUUUGUUUAAAAAAAAUAGAGAAAUACA